CGGCGCCCGGCGCUGUCAGUGAGCGCAGGAGGGAGACGCUCCCGGCAGCAGCGGCUUCUCAGGCAGCUCGGUCUCUGCUCGCAGCGCGCUCUCCCCCGGACAUGGCGGACGUCUUCCCGCUGCAGGACUCCAUUUCCUCCACUGGUUCAAUAGACGUCGCCAAUCGCUUCGCCCGGAAAGGCGCCCUGCGGCAGAAGAACGUCCAUGAGGUGAAGAACCACAAAUUCACCGCGCGAUUCUUCAAGCAGCCGACAUUCUGCUCCCACUGCACCGACUUCAUCUGGGGCUUCGGGAAGCAGGGAUUCCAGUGUCAAGGUAAGACGAUGUUCACACUUGUAACCCUGUUGCUGCUGCAGUGGUGUGAGGCGGUUGUGCUGCCGCCGCUGAUCUCUG